ACUCAAGAAACCAGUGACCCAGAAGCGACGCCUCUUUGGGGGGGGAGAGGUUAAAGGUCAUAAAGGAAGAAGUUGAAAAACUCCUACAAGUUGGCUUUGUCAAACGGGUCGAUUAUUGUGAAUGGGUCGCCAAUCCUGUGUUGGUGAAAAAAGCAAAUGGCAAAUGACGGAUGUGCAUCGAUUACACUAACCUCAACCAAGCAUGUCCAAAAGACUAUUACCCAAUGCCAAACAUCGACAAGCUAAUUGAGGCAGUUUCUAGAAACGAGAGAUUAAGUUUCUUGGAUGCAUACUUUAGCUACCACCAAGUCCCAAUGGCUCCUAAGGAUGAAGAAGAAACCUCGUUCUAUGCCGGAGAUGAAAUCUAUUGCUACGUGAUGAUGCCUUUCGGCUUAAAGAACGCAAGUGCCACUUACCAGAAAAUGGUUACCAUCGUAUUCCGAGCUCAAAUAGGCCAGAAUCUGGAAGUUUAUGUUGAUGAUAUCGUGGUGAAAAGUUUGAAAGCUGAAGAUCAUUUAACUGACCUCGAGGAGACAUUCAACAAUCUCAGAAAGAACAGAAUGAGGUUGAAUCCAGCAAAAUGCAUCUUCGGUGUGGAGUUUGGAAAAUUUCUAAGCUUCAUGGUGUCCAGAAGGGGGAUUGAGGUUAACCCCGAGAAGAUCAAAGCAAUGGCCGAAAUGGAACCACCGAAGUUAGUAAAAGACGCUAAUGACGGAGAAAUCCUUUACUUGUACCUCGGUAUAUCAGAUGAAGCUAUCAGUUCUGUGCUAGUAAGAGAAGAAGGGAAGCAACAGAAGCCAGUUUAUUAUGCUAGCAGUGUAUUACAUGGAGCUCAAAUCAGAUAUUCUAUUGCCGAGAAAGCAACCUUAGCAGUUGUCACCUCAGCCAGGAAACUGAGACCAUAUUUCCAAUCACAUCCAAUCAUAAGGUCAGCAAUCCGAGCUGAGGCUCUUGCAGAUUUCAUAGUAGAAUGCACCUCGACUCACUCUGAUUCCCAGCUUGAGCUAGACAGUUGGAUUCUGUGUGUUGAUGGAGCAUCUAGUAACAAGGGUUCAGGAGCUGCCUUGGUGGCCGAGCUGAAAUGCAAAUUCCAGAAAUUUCAUUUGAGCAAAAUAUCCCGAGCUGAAAAUGAACAAGUAGAUUCCCUCUCCAAAUUUGCUUCUGAUGGCAACCAAAGCUCUAGAUCGGUCUUUGUUGAAAUUCUGGACGAGCCCAGCUUCCUAAAGCCAAAAAUGAUGAAAAUCAGCACAAAUCCUAGCACAUCGAGCUGGACAACUCCAAUUAUCUCAUUUUUACAAGAUGGCACAGUGCCUGCAGAUAAACAAGAAGAGAUGAGGUUGAGGAAGAAAGCAUCUUGGUAUACCCUUGUUAAUGAAGUCCUCUACAAGAGAUCUUUCUCACUCCCUCUACUCUACUACUUGAACCCUUAUGAGGCUAAAUACGCACUUCGGGAGGUGCAUGAAGGUGUCUGCGGAAGUCACAUUGGUGCUCGGACUUUGGCUCAUAAAGUCCUCAGACAAGGAUAUUAUUGGCCCAACAUGUAUAAAGAUGCCACACAGUUCUGGGGACUUCAUCUUUUAAGUCCAUUUAUGAAAGGGGUAGGAGGUGUAACCCAUCUGAUUGUUGGUGUGGAUUAUUUUACGAAAUGGGUCGAAGCUUGGCCGUUAUCCAGUCUUACCUCCAAAAAGGUCGAAGACUUCGUUUUCAACUCAAUCACCUGCAGAUAUGGAAUCCCGAACCAGAUUGUGGCUGAUAAUGGAACUCAGUUCAACUACUCCUCAUUCAAAGAUUUUUGCUCCAGUUAUGGGAUCAAGUUGCAGUUCACCUCGAUGUACCACCCGGAGUCUAAUGGGAUGGCAUACAGAACCACGAGCCGAACUGCCAUAGGUGAAACGCCCUAUCACCUGGCCUUUGCUACCAAAGCAGUCAUUCCUAUCGAGAUAGGAGUCCCAAACUUCAGGGUCACCUAUUUCGAUGAAGAACAAAAUGGACAACUACUUCAGGAGAACCUUGAUCUGCUUGACGAAGUCAGAGAAGAAGCACGACUUCGAACUCUAGUUUACAAGCAGAAAUUAGUCAACUUCUACAAUAAACGAGUUCAACCCCAAACAUUCAAAGUAGGAGACUUUGUUUUCAGGAAAGCUGGUCUAACGGGGUUCGAAACUCGAUUUGGUAAGCUAACACCAAACUGGGGAGGCUCCUACACUGUAGCCGAAGUACCGCACCCAGGUGCUUAUAUCCUACUGGAUACUGAAGGUAAAAGGGUUCCUAGAAUUUGGAAUGUCAAUAACUUGAAGAAAUUUUACCUUUAAUACACUUCUUUCAAGUGAACUUUAUCUUAUUUUUAUAAUCGUCAUUAUUCUCUCUUUCUGCUCAAUCUAAUGUAUAUACGAGCUCAAUUCAUUUAUCUCAUUAAUGAAUUUCACUUCACAUU